AUGGAGCAGCUACUAACGAGUGAACAGCGGGAGGUGCUUAUAGCGUUUCCACCCUCCCUCCCUCCCUCCCUCCCUCCCUCCCUCCCUCCCUCCCUCCCUCCCUCCCUCCCUCCCUCCCUCCCUCCCUCCCUCCCUCCCUCCCUCCCUUCCUCCCUUCCCUCCCUCCCUCCCUCCCUCCCUCCCUCCCUCCCUCCCUCCCUCCCUCCCUCCCUCCCUCCCUCCCUCCCUCCCUCCCUCCCUUCCUCCCUUCCCUCCCUCCCUCCCUCCCUCCCUCCCUCCCUCCCUCCCUCCCUCCCUCCCUCCCUCCCUCCCUCCCUCCCUCCCUCCCUCCCUCCCUCCCUCCCUCCCUCAAUCCCUCCCUCCCUCCCUCCCUCCUCUCUCCUCUCUCUCACCCGUCUGCCUCGCAUGGACACCUCACCUGACUCUCAAUGUGCUCUCCCUGUCUAUCUAGCAUACCUCCCUGCCUCUUCCACAUUCGCAGGUUCAGAGCUGGCAUUCAACUGGGCGUUGAGGAAUUACUGCAAGGCCCAGGAUCAUGUGCGCCUUAUCCAUGUGCGCAAAUCAUUCGACGACAUGGCAGGCAAGCUUCCAGCAGACGCCAUAGCAACGCUGGAGGCACAGGCGGAGGCAGCUGCGCGCGCCAUAGUGGAGAAGUACAUGAAGAAAUGCGCUGUGGCGGAUCUGGACUGUGAUUGGAAGAUAGCGGUGGGGGACGAGCGAGAGGUGAUCUGUAGAGAAGUGAUGCGCGUGUGUGCGGACGUGCUGAUCGUCGGAACGAGGGGGCUGUCUCCAGUCAAGAAGGCCCUUCUUGGUUCAGUCAGCGAGUACUGUGCGCACCACAGUGCCUGCCCGGUGAUCAUAGUCAAGGCAAAGGAGCCCAAGCCCAAUGCCUAG